UUCUGGUUGUUCUUCUUCUAGAGAAUAACCAAGAAAUGAUUGUUGCCGGGCUUUGCAAGUGGAAAUGGGCCCAUUGAACGAGACCAAUAAGACCCAAUUUCGACCGGAAGAAAGACAAAAAUCAGGCUGUUGAGAUUCCUUUGAUCGCCUCAUCAUUAUUUGUUUGACUCUUAAGGAAGAACAAAGAGACAUAGUUGAGUGGCACGCACGUUCCAUUUUUCUAUGACAACAAACUCACAAAAACGUGAGAGAGACAACAAAAAAGAUGAGAGUUUUUGGUCGCCGACCAUAUCUCCAGAGUAGAGAAAUAGAUAAAGCAAAUCGGCAAAACUCAAGCUUCUUCCAUUAAGUAGGAGUUUUGAAUGGUUGUUUGUUUGUAAAUGGGUUGUAUUUGCGCCACCGCGCGUUCUCCAAACGCCGCCGUUGCCAACAAUGACCUACUAGAUUCCAGCAAAUCCAUCCUUCAUCUCAUCCCUCAUCCACCGUCGUCGUCAGCUUCUUCAUCCAAAAAGGAAGGAUCUUUCACACGUCCCACUCCUACAGCUUCCAUCACCGUCGUCGCCAAUGGUUACCCAGUGGUGCGUCGUCCCUCCACGUCAUCUGAUCGAAACAGCAAUAAUAAACCAGUCGUUGUUAUCGGAGCUCCCACCAAGAACCCCACCAGAAGACUCACGGCUAUCCCCGUGGCGCAGCCUACACAGCAGCCAGGGAGUUUGGCCGGAAUUAAAACAGAACCCGCCACCGCAGAAUGGCCGUCUUGGCUGGCUUCUGUUGCCGGAGAAGCUAUCAAAGGAUGGGUUCCUCGCUGCGCAGAUUCCUAUGAGAAGUUGGACAAAAUUGGACAGGGGACUUACAGCAGCGUGUACAAAGCAAGAGACCUGGAAACGGGAAAGAUUGUGGCGAUGAAGAAGGUUCGGUUUGUGAAUAUGGAUCCAGAGAGUGUCCGGUUCAUGGCCAGGGAGAUUCUUAUUCUUCGUAAGCUUGAUCACCCUAAUGUUAUGAAGCUUGAAGGUCUAGUCACCUCUAGACUCUCAGGUAGCCUCUACCUUGUCUUUGAGUACAUGGAACACGAUCUUGCAGGUCUUGCUGCAACCCCUGGAAUCAAAUUCUCUGAACCUCAGAUCAAGUGCUAUAUGCAGCAACUGUUCCGUGGGCUUGAACAUUGCCACAGACGAGGAAUCCUCCACCGUGAUAUCAAGGGAUCAAAUCUCUUGAUUAACAACGAAGGUGUUUUGAAGAUUGGUGAUUUCGGAUUGGCGAAUUUUUACCGGAGUGAUCGAGAUCUGCAGCUGACAAGUCGCGUUGUAACCUUAUGGUACAGAGCGCCUGAGCUCUUGCUCGGUGCCACUGAGUAUGGACCAGCUAUAGACCUGUGGAGCGCCGGCUGCAUUCUCACCGAGCUCUUCGCCGGAAAGCCUAUCAUGCCAGGACGCACAGAAGUGGAGCAGAUGCACAAGAUCUUUAAGCUCUGUGGUUCACCCUCGGAAGAUUACUGGAGAAGAGCAACUCUGCCACUUGCAACAAGCUUUAAACCGAGUCAUCCUUACAAGCCUGUUCUUGCUGAAACCUUCAGUCAUUUCCCUGCAUCAGCUCUGACACUCAUCAACAAGCUACUGGCAAUAGAACCUGAGAAACGUGGAUCAGCUGCUUCUGCCUUGAGGAGCGAGUUCUUCACCACGGAGCCACUCCCUGCUAAUCCAUCAAACUUACCAAGAUACCCACCAAGCAAGGAACUUGACGCUAAGCUCCGCAACGAAGAAGCAAGAAAACUAAGAGCAGAGGAUAACAAGAGAAGAGGGGGAGAAACUGUGACAAGAGGACGACCCAAGGAUCAUAAAACUGCUCAGACGCCUGAGUUUAUGGCAGCGGGGCAGUCAAAAGUCACGUGCAUCAGCCAUAAGUUCAAAACAGACGAGGAAGGUGGCACCGGUUUCAGGAUCGAACCACCUAGAAGAGGGAUCCAGCAGAAUGGUCACGGUCAUGCUUCUUCAAUGGUUCACCCAAGUGUGGCUAACACAGAAUGGAACAGAGGUGGAAGCAUCAAAAGGCAAACGAAUGCAGAGCUCAAGUCUAGGAUAUCACAAACAGGAGACUUGUCUGGUGAUUCUUAUAGAAGAGGUUCCAAUAGAGAUUACUCAACAGGAAACGCACCGAGGAAGAACAGGAUCCAUUACUCAGGACCGUUGAUGCCUCCUGGAGGAAAUCUUGAAGAUUUGCUGAAAGAGCACGAGAAGCAGAUCCAACAAGCUGUCCGCAAAGCCCGCGUGGAGAAGUCUGCAACAAAUAAAAACCAAGCUUUAACAGGGCAACAGCAGCAGCAACGUUACACAGGAAGAAAUGGUCGGUAGCUAAAAGAGGAAAGGAAUAUAAAAAAACACCAUAGCACAUGUUUUUAAGGUUUUUAAUCAAAGCCAUAGAAAAACUCAUAAGCGUUUUUUGUUUUGUCAGUGAUUGAUGCAAUGUAUAGUCAAAAAUUUGUUUCCUUAGGCCAACGAGGUUGACCACACUAUAAUGUCAAACUUCCUUUUUAUUUUGUAUAUACACAACACAAAAUGUCUCUUGUUGAGUUGAGUCAAGCAAAAACAUGUAUUUUGCAACAGAAGCAAAACAACUCCAAAUUUGCUACUAACU